CAUAACACGGAAGCAGUAGCAGGCAGGGGGACGGCAGAGGCUGAACACAGGGAGGUUAGGACAGGAUCCAAACCAGAUUAAAUAAAGACAGAAUAGAGAAGAAGCAGAGAAAUAAGAGUAGACCAGAACCAGCAGAGACAGAGAGCAUCAUGGCGCUGAUCCCCUCACAGGUCCUCCGGGUCGCCAUCCUGCUGUCUUAUUUUUCCAUCCUCUGUCACUAUAAAGCCUUAGACAUGCCGGCUCACCAGACCUACGGGGGUAGCUGGAAGUUCCUGACCUUCAUAGACCUGGUGAUCCAGGCAGUGUUCUUCGGUCUGUGCGUCCUCAUCGACGUGUCUAGUCUGCUGACUAAGGGGAGUGACAGCAGGGAGCAGGAGCGCCAGCUGAGGAAGCUGAUUGGCCUGAGGGACUGGAUGAUGGCAGUGCUGGCCUUCCCUGUCGGAGCGUUUGUGGUGUUCACCUUCUGGAGUCUGUACCUGUACGACAGAGACCUGGUCUACCCCAGACUACUGGACAACUUCAUCCCUCAGUGGCUCAACCACGGCAUGCACACCACUGUUCUUCCUUUCAUCGUCAUCGAGAUGAGGACCACCCACCAUCGGUACCCCAGCAGGACGUCAGGUCUAGUGGCUGUGUGCCUCUUUGGCAUUGGAUACAUCCUUUGGACGUGUUGGGUCCACCAGGUGACAGGUGUGUGGGUGUACCCCGUCUUGGAGCGAAUCACUCCACUGGCUCGGGUCGUCUUCUUCAGCGCCAUGAUGAUGGUGAUUGGCGUUUUAUACACGCUUGGAGAAAUCCUCAACAGCUACAUCUGGGACCAGUCACAUACAGAAAAGGUCAAAGGUGAAUGAUUGUCUCUCUCAUCCAUGAGGAGAGGAAACGCCGCCUCCAGACAAGGAUAAGCUACCUACCCACCCAGGACAGCACAAGAACAGGAAACAAGCGACCUCUCAAGGAAGUGGAAAAACAGAAUUUAUGAACUUUAUUCAUAACAUUAAUGUUGACAAAAACAUCAUGUUUUUUAAUUUUAAGUUAAAGAAAAUGUCUGCCUUCGCUACUGUGGACACAAGCAAACAUUUGCACAUUUACACAAACAUCUGCACAUCUACACAAACAUCUGCACAUCUACACAAACAUCUGGACAUCCACACAGACAUCUGCACAUCCACACAGACAUCUGCACAUCUACACAAACAUCUGGAGAUCCACACAAACAUCUGGUUAUCCACACAAACAUCUGCACAUCUACACAGACAUCUGCACAUCCACACAAACAUCUGCACAUCUACACAAACAUCUGGACAUCCACACAGACAUCUGCACAUCCACACAGACAUCUGCACAUCUACACAAACAUCUGGAGAUCCACACAAACAUCUGGUUAUCCACACAAACAUCUGCACAUCUACACAGACAUCUGCACAUCCACACAAACAUCUGCACAUCCACACAAACAUCUGCACAUCCACACAAACAUCUGCACAUCCACACAAACAUCUGCAC